GUGGGAAAGAAAGUUUGGGAAGUUUCACACGAGCCGUUCGCGUGCAGUCCCAGAUAUAUAUAGAGGCCGCCAGGGCCUGGGGAUCACACAGGAUCCGGAGCUGGUGCUGAUAACAGCGGAAUCCCCCGUCUACCUCUCUCCUUGGUCCUGGAACAGCGCUACUGAUCGCCAAGUAGCCACAAAAUAUUAUAAUAAACCCUCAGCACUUGCUCAGUAGUUUUGUGAAAGUCUCAAGUAACAGAGACAUAAACAAAAAAUUAUUUUUCGUGAAGAACUCCAAACAUAAAAUUCUCUAGGGAUUAAGAAAAAAAAAAAAAAAAGGAAAAUGCCAGCUGAUAUAAUGGAGAAAAAUUCCUCGUCCCCGGUGGCUGCUACCCCAGCCAGUGUCAACACGACACCGGAUAAACCAAAGACAGCAUCUGAGCACAGAAAGUCAUCAAAGCCUAUCAUGGAGAAGAGACGAAGAGCAAGAAUAAAUGAAAGUCUGAGCCAGCUGAAAACACUGAUUUUGGAUGCUCUUAAGAAAGAUAGCUCGCGGCAUUCCAAGCUGGAGAAGGCGGACAUUCUGGAAAUGACAGUGAAGCACCUCCGGAACCUGCAGCGGGCGCAGAUGACGGCUGCGCUGAGCACAGACCCGAGCGUGCUGGGAAAGUACCGCGCCGGCUUCAGCGAGUGCAUGAACGAGGUGACCCGCUUCCUGUCCACGUGCGAGGGCGUUAAUACCGAGGUGCGCACUCGGCUGCUUGGCCACCUGGCCAACUGCAUGACCCAGAUCAAUGCCAUGACCUACCCUGGGCAGCCGCACCCCGCCUUGCAGGCGCCGCCGCCGCCCCCACCAGGACCCGGCGGUCCCCAGCACGCGCCAUUCGCGCCGCCACCGCCUCUCGUGCCCAUCCCCGGGGGCGCGGCGCCCCCUCCCGGCGGCGCACCCUGCAAGCUGGGCAGCCAGGCUGGAGAGGCGGCUAAGGUGUUUGGAGGCUUCCAGGUGGUACCGGCUCCCGAUGGCCAGUUUGCCUUCCUCAUUCCCAACGGGGCCUUCGCGCACAGCGGCCCUGUCAUCCCCGUCUACACCAGCAACAGCGGGACCUCCGUGGGCCCCAACGCAGUGUCGCCUUCCAGCGGCCCCUCGCUUACGGCGGACUCCAUGUGGAGGCCGUGGCGGAACUGAGGGGCUCAGGCCACCCCUCCUCCCAAACUCCCCAACCCACCUCUUUUUCCCUCUGGACUCUAAACAGGAACUUGGAUACUGGGAGCAAAGGGGACUUUUUUGAUUAAGUGGUUACUUUGUGUAUUUUUAAUUUCUAAAAAGUUACUUUCCGUAGAGAGAGCCGUAUUAAGUGACUGACCAUGCACUAUAUUUGUAUAUAUUUUAUAUGUUCAUAUUGGAUUGCGCCUUUGUAUUAUAAAAGUACAGAUGACAUUUCGUUUUUUACACGAGAUUUCUUUUUUAUGUGAUGCCAAAGAUGUCUGAAAUGCUCUUAAAAUAUCUUCCUUUGGGGAAGUUUAUUUGAGAAAAUAUAAUAAAAGAAAAAAGUAAAGGUU